UUCCAUGCGCAUGAAGAACGCACCGAAGGCUACUGCUAUGACUGUGAGAAGAAGAAUGACGGAAGUUUGUCACCAUCCACGGCACAUUUAAAACAUGAGCCGCUCUAGUACCUUCACUUGGCUAAAGUGGACUUGCCCGUAAACUGCUUGGAAUACUCUUCAUCUGACAUCUCUAUCCAGUGAUAUGGCAGGGAGAGGAUGGGCAGCCCCACCGCCCCCACCGUCCUAUCAGAAUGUUUGGAGCGGAGGGGACCUGCAGCCACCGAGUUACGAGGAAGCUCUCCUGGACACAGAAACUCACCCUUUACAGGCUACAGCCCCACCACUUACUGCCUCUGGCUUCAGCCCAUUUUAUCCUCCCGUACCUGGCUAUCAACCACCUGGGCCCUAUCCUCCCGUACCUGGCUAUCAACCAUCUGGGCCCUAUCCUUCCGUACCUGGCUAUCAACCACCUGGGCCCAAUCCUCCCGUACCUGGCUAUCAACCACCUGGGCCCUAUCUCCCCGUACCUGGCUAUCAACCAUCUGGGUCCAGCUCACUCCCAAGACCCCAAAGAAGAGAUUCGCUUGAAUCUCAGCGUGUCAUGGUACAGUUCAUGUCUCAAAGUAAUGAGGAACUCAUGGCGUGGUGGAGAACUGUGAAAUCAUGGGAGAAAAUGUCCCAGUCUCCAGACACAGAGCUUAGAAUGUUGGCUGAGAAAGUCCACCGUGUCCAGAGAGCUGUUCAGCUGUACUGGCACCUCAUGUCCACCCACGGAGUAACCUUGCAGAAUCACAUCGGCGAAAUGAACAGGACCGCUGACCACAUCAGCAAGGCCUACGGCAAGUUGAAGGCAGCGGGCGCCACCGGUGGCACAAGGAGGGCCGUGGGCAGCGCUGUGGCCAUGACGGGCAUCGUGCUGGCCCCCUUCACCAUGGGCAUCUCACUGGCCAUCACGGCGGUGGGCGUAGGAGUGCUUGCGGCAGGCAGACUCACCAAGGCUCACCCAGAAAUCAAGAACAAGGUGGCCAUCGACCACGACAAGAGGGCGCUGGGGGCCCUGGUGCAGGACUACCGCAAGAAGCUGGAGGACAUCGAGAGCUGCCUCCAGUUCAUCUACACGGGGAUGGAGCACAUCGGACGGAACCACCUCUCCAUCUUAAAAGGCGUCAACAUGGACACCAGCCGAGUGGCCAGCAUGCUGGGGCUGUCCGGGGAGGUGGUUUUAGGGCUGGGCGUGGCGGGCACGUCGUCUGACCUCCUCCGAGGGUUCGCAGGGGGCAUCGGCACCUUCUACAGCAAGAAGGACAACCAGCGCCUGAAGGAGGGCAAAGAGAACAAGUUUGCCAAAAGGCUCUGCGAGGUGGCAGCCCGACUUCAAACCGCACAAGAUGAGCUGACUCACGUUUCAGAUUCACUUGCUGUUGUGGAACAUGUACACACUGUUCGCAAUGAGCAUGGACAUCUGCUUCUCCAAGGAGGACAAGGAGCAGCUCAAGAAGGGCUCGGAGACCAAGUUUGCCAGAAAGAUCCGGGAGCUGGCCAAGCAGCUGAAGAGUGGCCUGGACCAGCUGAUACAAGUCAGGGACACAGUUCGCUCUGAUGUCCAGCAGGUGGCGAUGUAGUAGACUGGACCAGCUGAUGCAGUUCAGGGACACAGUUCGCUCUGAUGUCCAGUAGGUGGCGAUAUAGUAGCCUGGACCAGCUGAUGCAGUUCAGGGACACAGUUCGCUCUGAUGUCCAGUAGGUGGCGAUGUAGUAGCCUGGACCAGCUGAUAC